AUGAGAGUCACAAGCGGAAACCUGGCGAUACCGCGGGGUUCCCUCAUCGUGGUCACCGGCGCUAACGGAUACAUCGCUAGCCAUAUCGUCAACCAACUGCUCCAGGCCAACUUCCGUGUGCGGGGCACAGUGCGCAAUGUCACCAAAAACCUCUGGCUCAACGACUAUUUCACUUCCAGGUAUGGAGCUGGAAAGUUCGAGCUCGUCGAAGUGCCCAACAUGGCCGUUGCGCACGCUUACGACGAAGCUGUAAAAGGUGCAGCAGGUCUGAUACACACCGCCACCCCAGUCCUGGUAUCCUACGACCCCAACGAAGGGAUUCCUAUGGUUACCAACGGCACCAUAAACACUCUAGAGGCUGCGCGGAAGGAACCGUUAAUAAAACGAGUGGUACUGACGUCCUCCUCUACGGCGGCCGCAAGCCCACAGCCAAAUGUAGAGUUUACCAUGGAUGAGGGAACGUGGAACGAGGAGAUUGUGCGAGCGGCGUGGGCCCCCCCGCCGUACGAAGGGCUGCAACGGCGCCACAAUGUCUACGCAGCCAGCAAGACGCAAGGCGAGAAAGUAGCGUGGAAAUGGAUGAUAGAGAAGCAACCGAAUUUCGUGCUGAACACAGUUCUGCCCAAUGCGAACUUUGGCAAGGUGCUCAGUCCGCAGCAUCAGGGGUUUCCUUCCACGGCGGGGUGGGUGAAAGCCGUCUGGGAAGGGUUCAGGGGUCAGUAUGCGGAUGAUGUGUUUAACAAACCGCAAUAUUACGUUAAUGUGCGAGACGAUGCGCUGGUGCAUAUUGCUGCGUUGAUAUAUGAAGAUGUACGGGCGCAGCGCCUUUUUGCGUUUGCUCAACCUUACAAUUGGAAUGAUAUCCUGGCAGUGAUGAGGAAGUUGUAUCCCGGAAGGGAGUUUAUUGAUGACAUUCCUGAUCUGGGCAAGGAUGUAAGCAAGGUUACGAAUCAAGAAGCUGAACAUUUGCUAAACAGGAUAUCGGGGGCCAGUUGGACCAGUCUGGAGCAGACGAUUAAAGAGGCCACGGAGGAUUUUCUGUAA